AUGUCGGGCACCCAAUUUCACCGAGGGUGGUUCAAGCCGGGGGAUCGCCCUUCAACCACAGUCCUGGGACCUGUGCACGGAUCGCGGGAGCCCACGCCUGCAGCUUCGCUAACCCAGUUCUGGUUGGCGUACUGCCUGGGUCACCUCAGCUCGUCGUGA